CAAUGGGAGAGGCUUCAAGUGACAUGCACUGUAAUGACGGCAGAGUGGGUGGGAGCUCACGGGGAAAAAAUGCUACUGCUGUGGCGUGCUGCGGCGAGUUUGGCGACACCAUUUUCGUUUUCCAAAGCCAAAGCACUGUUUUGAAGACACCCCAAAAGACCGAAGGGAGGGGGCAGUGUUUCCCACAUUUGAGACACCGCUCUGCUCGCCUCACAUCUGUGUUGUUUGCAGCGGGAGCCAGAAGCGUGCGCACGCCGAGGUGAAAGGGAAAUCUCCGAUCUGAUCCGUGAGAAGAGGUCACCAAGCGCACAAAUUGACGGGCCGUCGCUGCGCGAGAGCGUGUGGAAUAGUAGUGUGGAUAAUGGCUGCCAGACUCCGUGAUACAGACACUAAAUGAAGAAGGGGUGUGUGAAGAAGAGACAAGGGCGACGACAGCAGCAGCAGCAGCAGCAGACGCAGGCGUGGAGGAGGCUGGGGGGGGGGAUGGUGAGCCGCAGCCAGGCCAAGUACGAGCUGAUCCAGGAGGUGGGCCGUGGCAGCUACGGCGUGGUGUACGAGGCGGUGGCGCGGAGCUCGGGCGCCCGCGUGGCCGUCAAGAAGAUCCGCUGCCACUCGCCGGAGAACGUGGAGCUGGCGCUGCGUGAGUUCUGGGCACUCAGCAGCAUCCAGAGCCAGCACCCCAACGUCAUCCACCUGGAGGAGUGUGUGCUGCAAAGGGACGGCCUCGCGCAGCGCAUGAGUCAUGGCUCCAGCUCGUCACUGUAUCUAGAGCUGGUGGAGACGUCGCUAAAGGGUGAGAUUGCCUUCGACCCACAGUGCGCCUACUACCUGUGGUUCGUGAUGGACUUCUGCGACGGCGGUGACAUGAACGCCUACCUGCUGUCGCGCAAGCCCAGUCGCCGCACCAACACCAGCUUCAUGCUCCAGCUGGGCAGCGCUCUGGCCUUCCUGCACCGCAACCAGAUCAUCCACCGUGACCUCAAGCCCGACAACAUCCUCAUCUCGCAGGGUCGCACCCCGGCUGGCUCGCCAGAGCCCACGCUCAAGGUGGCCGACUUCGGCCUGAGCAAGGUGUGCUCGACGUCGGGCCUCAACCCCGAGGAGCCGGCCAGCGUCAACAAGUGCUUCCUGUCCACAGCUUGCGGCACUGACUUCUACAUGGCGCCGGAGGUGUGGGAGGGCCACUACACAGCAAAGGCGGACAUCUUUGCGCUGGGCGUCAUUAUCUGGGCGAUGGUGGAGCGCAUCACCUUCGUAGACGUGGAGACGCAGAAAGAGCUGCUGGGCAGCUACGUGCAGCAGGGGGGCGAGAUCGUGCCGCUGGGCGAGGCGCUGCUCGAGAACCCCAAGAUGGAGCUGCUCAUCCCGGCGCGCAAGAAGAGCAUGAACGCCAGCAUGAAGCAGCUCAUCCGCGAGAUGCUCUCGGCCAACCCCCAGGAGCGGCCCGACGCCUUCGAGCUGGAACUCCGCCUGGUGCGCAUCGCCUGCCGCGAACUCGACUGGGACACAUGAUGGUGGGCAGGUGCAUGAUGGGAAGGCGAAGGACUAAUGAGUGCACACCACACCGCACAGCACAGCCCACUCGACUCCGACCCUGACAUAAACCCUUUAAGGACUUUGGGUUUAGUUUCAACGUUUUUUUUUUUUUUUUUUUUUUGUUUGUAAAGAAGUUAAAGCAAUGCGAAGCAACGCCGAACAAAUCAGGACUGGGGACUGGUGACGUUAACCAAGAACAGUUACUUGCACUUGAAGAGUGCAAAAUUCUUUCUCUCUUUUUUUUGGAUUUUCCUUGUUUUUUUGGACGACAAUAAAACAAAACACAAUCACCCACCAACCACUGGGUGCAGGUAUCUAUGCAUCCUUUUACUAGCAGGUUUGGAGGGGUUUUUUUUUGUAACAUUUUUUUUCUUGUUUUAUAUAUCAAGGGAAAUGUAAGAAAUCAAUUUGUCCUUGACAUUUCUUUCUUGUAGUUAUGUGACCAGAAUAGCGAUGUGUGGCGUUUACCACGGCGACUGUUCCUAAGGUUACCCUGUAAGCACAGUGUUUUCUGCAGGCUUUCAGAUGAGUGCUGGCCGAAGCCUUCGCUUUAUCUUACUCUUCAGGAAUUAUCCGCAUCACGUUUUCCACCUCGUCCUCGUCGCUGUCUUGAGGGGGAUUGGAUUGCACCAGCACCCUUCCACUGUUACACCCACCCCUGAAAAAAAUAUCUGUUUGAUCUCGUCGGCACGCCUCGAAGCAUGGGGAUUUAAUUAGCAGAGUUGGAAUGCCGCCUGGCAAAAGCAAACUUCUGACGGGUCCUCCCCUGGCAUCUCUUGUUCCUCUCCUCCUCUCUUCAUCUCUCUCUGCUCUACUGGGAACCUUCCUUAUUUCCUCCCUUGGCCCCCGAGUCUGACAGCCCCCAUUGACUGCACAUGUCUCUGGACAGCCCUGAGGUUUCUUGUUUUCUCUGUCUCCAGUUGGCUCUCACGUCUGGUGCUAACGUCACCUCUGAUGCAACUCCGUAUACACAGGGAAAAAUGCCUCUUUUCUUGACGCACUUGACCAAAAUCUCCACCGCUUACCACAAGCCAAUGGCAUUCAAGUGGUUGGUCUGUGCUAAUCUUCCGUGAUCAUUAUGGGCUGCGAUUUCUGUCCGCCAGUUAGUUUUUACUGGAUGGGUCAUCAUGAUGUAAUUUUACUGUUUUUACUGCUGUUGCCAGACUCUCUUGAAAACAUCUGAUUCUGUAGUCAGGUUGCCAGUGGAGUUUAAACUGUAUUUUCUGUGCUAGGAGUGAGUGUACUGUUAGCAGGCUCCUGACUCUAAAUUGACAUUUCGUUACUAGUUGCAUUAAAGUAAGUAUCAGUGCAAACAGCCAUUAAUACAUGUCUUUAGUUCCUACGUACAAAAAAAAGCACAGAGCAGUAUCUGUGCAGGCAGAAAAAAAAAUGCUGCUGAUUUUUAUUUAAUUUGAAUUUUUUGUUUGAUUUAAUUUUUACAAAACACCUCUCAUUCUUGGGAUAAUUAAAGGGGUGUGUUAUCACUUCAGAGAGUGGUAGACUUGCAAGAGGCAGUAGAACAACACAAAACCUUUUGAAUUGAUUGGACCGGGGUCAGAUUUUGGCCAGACCUGUUCUAGAGUCUCCUGAAAAGUCCCGUGGGAAGAGAACGUGCGGGACCAGGCCCCCUGCAGUGUAGGCUUUGGAUGUGACCUCGCCUGGACACAGGCUGCUUGGGCUAGUGGAGCAAGUAACCUGCACGCUCUAAUAACUGCUCCACUUUUUGCCGGCUGAAGUGUGUGUGUGUGUGUGUGUGUGGGUGUGAACAGGGUUAAUCUGUGUCGAGGCUAGCAGGUGUUUGUGACCUGUGCUUUUCCUCUGGCCUUGAGCCAGUCCUGUGAUCUGGGUUGAACCCAUAGAGCGGAGUGACUGAGGGAGGGAGGGGUGUGGGCGGGGUUGGCUGAGUUUUGUGUCUCUUGAUUUGGACAGAACACAGAUGCAGUGAUGUAAAUGUUUUAACGAAUCGCCUAACGAGAGAAUUUGAGGAAUUUUGCUCCCCUCCACUAAUGUAAUUAAAUUCCCUGAAAGAAAGAUGGGAGAAAAGGGGUUGGCAGGCGUCAUGCUGCUUACUGAAGGGAGCAUAGAAGCCCUUAUUGUUGCCUAAACAUCCACUUCUUGAGUUUCAGGCCAAGUGUGUUGCCUUGCAGAAGUCCGAAAUUUCUGAACUUGAAUCUGCAAACUUGAAGGAUCGAUCGGUGUGUGUGUG